AUGCCACCAAAGCCCAGCCCAUCUCAAUUAUCCCUUCAAGAUAGAGGCGAAGGCGCGCCAUCUCCUGCAAUAUCAUCAAGAUCGUCUUCAAGUCAUCCGCAGCCUCCAAGUGACAUUGACACAACGGAUUUUAAGCUUCUUCAUCAUUUUACCACUUCAACCUACCUCACGCUAUCCGACCGGGUUGAGCAACAGUAUGUAUGGCAGCAAAAUGCCCCCGGGCUCGCUUUUUCACAUACAUUUCUUUUGCGGAUGAUCUUCGCUAUAUCCGCCUUACAUCUAUCUCGCACAACAUCUGAUCCAUUUUAUCUUUCAUAUGCACACCGACAAUAUGAAGAAGCACUACGGUCCUCGUCCGCAGCUCUUUCGGCAAUAUCUCCUUCGAACUGCCAUGCGAUAUAUGCUUGUGUUGGUCUCGGAUUUAUCUUUGAACUUGGUGCCUCCAACAAUGGUAAAAAUGUUCUCUACGCGACUAAUGGAGCCAUCGCAGACUGGGCAGUCCACGUACGGGGUGUGCGAACAAUCAUGGACUCAUCUUGGCAUGACCUACAGAGCGGCGUGUUGAGCCCUCUUUUCCUCCGCCAAUUUCGCAAGGGAGAUAUAAAAUGUUUUGAGAACUACCUCAACGAAUUUGUGCGAUAUGUCCGAUCAACAAACAUUGGCAACAGGGAUCUUUCUACGUACAUGGUGGCUGUUCAGCAGCUUGUGGAGUGCUCGAAGAUGGUGGAAAUAGGGUUUUUUGCUUGGAUGUGCCAAACUAGCGAUGAGUUUGCGGAAAUGUUAGCAAAACAUGAUCAUUUUGCCCUAGUGAUUCUUGCUCACUCAAGCGUCCUUUUGAAAUAUGGAGAACCACAAUACUGGAUUGGGGGAUGGGCGAACAAAUUACUCAGCGAAGUACAAGAACAGCUAGAUCCCUCUCUCGGAGUCUGGUUGGAAUGGCCGUUUCAGCAGGUGAACCAAACAAGCUAG